AUGUCAUCUCAACAACAACGAAGCUCUGCCAUCACUACUAAUGCUUCAGGCGCAACAUCUAAUACAAUGUACCACGACUCAAAAAGGGGUACUUUUACUCCCUUGACCACAACCAACUCAUACGAUGGGUUGAAUCAUAAAAUGACUGCAGUUUCAAUGAUUAGUGAACAGCAUUUUGCAAAUGCAGUCAAUGAACAAGACCGGCCACAGUUGAGUCAUACCGAAUCGAAACAACAACAAAUCACCAUCACCAGCAGUUUCGAUUGUCCUUGUGGACACUUGCAUGGCCCAGGACAAGGACAUCACGAAGACAUUGGUGCUAUUGGCUUUGCUGAUUUCCCUUUGCUCAGAGGACCAGAUUAG